UGGGAACAUGUGAUCAGUGGUGGAGGGUGGAAAAGACUUUGCACCAUUGGGUCAACAAAGAAGCAGCACAGCACCUAACUUUCUGAUGAAAUCAACUAUGUGGCUGAGAGCCUUCUUCACCCUCAUCUUCAGCUUCUCCAGCUGCCAGGUGGCGUCAGUCUUUCUGGAUCCAGAUCGAGCCCAUGGCGUCCUGGUCCGGACUCGAAGGUAUAACUCGGGCUGGUUUGAGGAGCUGCAGAUGGGAGAUCUGAAGAGGGAGUGUCUGGAGGAGAAAUGCUCCUAUGAGGAGGCCCGGGAGGUGUUCGAACACAACGAGGCCACGGAUGAAUUCUGGAAAUUAUACAACCUCCCUGACAGCUGUAAGUCGGAUCCCUGUCUGAACGGAGGCAGCUGCUCCACCCAGGGUUCGACCUACACCUGCUACUGCCUGCCACAGUUCAGCGGACUCAACUGCGAGCUUGAGUACUUGGCCGUCCCUGACACCUGCCUGCUAGAGAACGGAGGCUGUGAGCAUUUCUGUGAUGAAGAGGAGGGAGUACGAAGACCAAACUGCUCAUGUGCAGAAGGCUACUUCCUGGACAGUGAUGGGCGGAGCUGCGUAGCAAAAGAGUUGGUAGUGUGCGGCAUGGUCCCCAUCCUGCAGGGACAAAACAAAGCCAAGCAGCUCGACUCUCGAGCUCGAAUCGUCGGGGGAACAGAGUGCCCCAAAGGUGAAUGCCCUUGGCAGGUUUUGCUGGUGUAUAAAGGCAAAGGUUUCUGUGGAGGAGUGAUUUAUAAACCCACAUGGAUCCUCACAGCAUCUCACUGCCUGGAGAAAACUGAAGCUCAGUUCCUGAAGGUGGUCGCAGGCGAGCACAACACGGAGGUGAACGAGGGCACGGAGCAGCUCAUCCAGGUUGCUGAGAUCAUCAUGCACGAGAACUAUGUGACAAGCACUGCCGACAACGACAUCGCCCUUCUUCGCCUGGCGUCGCCCAUCGUCUACACGCCGUACGCCGUGCCGGCCUGCCUGCCGACACGACCGCUGGCUGAGCGCAACCUCUGGGCCGUCAGCACGCACAUGGUGAGCGGCUGGGGGAGGAGGGGUGAGAACGGACCCACCUCACACCUCCUGCGGCGGCUGAAGGUACCACGGAUCCGGACGCAGCAGUGUGUGGAGGAGAGUGGUGUGGUGCUCACUAAGAACAUGUUCUGUGCCGGAUACAUCGAGGGCCAGCAGGACUCGUGUAAAGGCGACAGUGGCGGGCCCCUGGUGACAGAGUACAAGAAGACGGUGUUCCUGCUGGGGAUCGUCAGCUGGGGGAAGGGCUGCGCCCGACCGGGCAACUACGGCAUCUACACCCGGGUGUCUAACUACCUGGAGUGGAUCCACAACCGAACAGCGAUACCAAAUCAGCCGACGAACAGCACCAAGGCUUCGUUACACAACCUGACAACCUGAGAGUUCAUGCAAGGGCAUAUCAACACGCGUCAACAGAUUCUGUAGUUUUUAUGUUUAUAAUUUACUGUACUCAAACAGCGGUAAAGUAGCAGCAGGUUGAGUAAAAUAAUUCUGAUGUAAAUUGGUUUAAAUUGUAAAAAGUCAUUUGAAAAUGCAGUCAGGACUCAUUUGAAGUUUUCUUGAUGUGCAGAUUUUUGUUGGUGUCUUCACUCUAACCUGAAAGUUUUACUCUUCAUUUUAACAUGAUUAAACUCUAAAUAUAUUAUGGUAUAUAUACCAUAAAACACUGCUUCAACACACUAGUAAGGACGUUAGUCUAGAUGAAUAGUUAGUCAAACAAGCCGAAAACUGAUAAAAACUACAACUGCUUAAUUAGCAAGUGUGAUUAGCUAGCUUACUAGCUCAUUAGCUAUUAUCUAGUUAGCUAGAUUAGAACCUGUAGCUUGUGCUAAUGUUGCAUUAUGUGUGACGGGAGGUAGUGACGGGACAGAUUUUCAGACGGUUGUGUGAAAGUUGGUCGUGUGAAGGUCAAAAAAUACUUUGCCUUGGCUAUAUAACACAAUAUCAAUUACAUUUACGUUACCUGACGCAUUUCAUUGUCCUUAAUAUUUCAGGCACUUCUCUAUUAUUUAGCACUAUUAUUUACAACUUGGAGAUUCAAAACUGGUAAUUACUGUUAUUGUCUCACGACAUUAAUAUAACAUAAUGUGAUGGUUUACAUCUGCUUAAAUAUUGACGUCACGUUGAGGUGUCUUCUGAUAAAGUACGUAAACUAUGCUUCAGUAAAUUUUAUAUUAAUUAUAUUAAUGUGUCCUAUAUUUCUAUGAAUAAAAAACCUAAAAUAA